AUGGCCUCUGCGUUCGAGCCCUCCAUGUCGUCCAGCCUUUCGAGGCCGCCGCCCAUGGCCACAGGCCCCUCGAUCGCCGACACGCUGCCCAACAUCAACUUUGGCUUUGACGACCUGCGCGAUCGCAUGGCCAAGUUCACCGUCAAGUUCGACGCCUUUAUAGAGCAAGGCCGCAAACGUGUGCUCGAGGAGAGGAACCAAUUUCACAUGAACAUUGCCGAGCUACAAGAGGACCAGCGCAUGAAGAAGAAGGACAUUGAAAUCCUCCAGCUCAAGAUGAGCACACAUCAGCAGACGGUCGAGAAGGAAGAUGCCGAAAAGCGCGAGAUGCAGGCGGCCAUCGCGCAGCUCGCCGACGAGCGCGACCGCCACACCGCGCACCGCAACGCGCUGAAGAAGCAGAUCGCGGCGACGCAAAAGGAGAUUGACGCGCGCUUGGCGGCGCAGCAGGCGUAUGCGCAGCAGCUCGAGGCGCAGUCGCGGUUCAACGUGCCGGAGCUCGAGUUUUGGCAGCAGAACUUGGGGUUGCGGAUCGAGGGGGCGGGCCACGACGACCGCCUCAAGUUUGUGUACACAUGCAUCGACGAGAAGGACUGGGACCGCGAGGCGUGGUUCGAGCUGAGCACGGCGAGCCGGGACUAUGAUGUCAAGCACUGCCGACCCAAACUGGAGAGGGAAAGGGUCGAGCGUGUGCUCGACAGGGUCAACGAGACGCGGGAGCUGUCGGCACUAUUGAAGGGGAUGAGGGAGCUGUUUGUGGAGGCGAUGAAGGGGUAG